AUGGUUGAGCAAAGUACCCCUGCCCUAGUGGAGAUAACAGGAACAGCACACCACGUCUGUCACGCUGUGGCUGUAGAUGAGCACCGUGUCAAAUUCAAGCCUGCUUUCUUUUCUCAAGACAUCAAGACCUCAAGGAGACUGAGAGAGCUUACCGAAAAAGAAGACAUCAGAGAAGUCUGGUUUCCUGGUAACCACGGUGACGUCGGCGGAGGUUGGCCGGCUAUCCCGACAGGAUUGAAAAUCUGGCGACUCUGGAAUUGUAUUUUUGGAGGGACCAAGGUCGAUAAUCUAGACGAGUCUCUUCAAGAUGAUGACUUGCAGAUGAGCGACAUAGCCCUCGAAUGGAUGAUCCGCGAGGUUGACAUUGUCGGCUCUGUUACGGCUCAUCAUUUCUCAGGGUUUUUAUGUGGAAUCUCAUUGAAACUCUACCUGGCAUUUCUCUCUGAGAACUCAACGAAACCGCAGAAAGAAGAGGACAGAGGAUGGGAAUUAUAUACAGGCAUGCCCAACUGGUGGGGUCGUCAUGACACUCCAAGAGGAGCCGUGCUGCACAACUCUCUGAAGGAGCUCGAGAAGGCUGACAGCUACAGGCCCCUAAACAACCACGGUUCAGGGGAACCAUGCUUAUGGAAUUCAAAGGGUGUCGCCGACAUGAGAGAUGUUACGUAUCAGCGUCUUAAUCAGCGUGGUCAGGAAAUCAAGUCCGCUGUGUGGGAUUCUAGGCAUAAGAUUUGGCAGUUUGAGGAUUUUUACGCCCAGAAUGCUCAACCUCGCAUUUACUAA